GUGAGAAUGAGGGGAUUGUGCACUGUGGCGUCUCCCCCUCUGCCAGAAUCUCAAUCGUUGAUGUUUUCCAGGAACUGCCCACUUGCCUGUCUACCAAUCAAAGCAGAUUCAGUGUGUGGGAUGGCCCAACUUGCCAUACUAAAAAGAGACCAAACCAGAAUAAAUCAGGAGCAGCUCGUACAGCAAGAAAAAAAAAUCAUGAAAAACCCAAUGUAUGAAAUAGCAUCCCUGUUACUGGAAAAGUUACUUCUUCUUGCCAACCUUAAAGUUCUUCAAACAGGUUCCAGUGGAGAGGAGGAGAAGAGAAAAAAAGAUGUAUGUUGGUAUGACUCUUCCUAUUUCACACCCGGCGAUUUGCUAGAAGUGCCUCGCACUCUCUUCAUUCAUUUUGGCAUUUAUUUGGGAGAUAACCAAGUAGCACAUCUUAUGCCAGACAUUCUGCCUGCUUUCACUAAUGACCAGAAGUUGAUCCAGAAAGUAGUGACGAAUAAAAGACUUAUCUUGGGGGUCAUCACAAAAAUGGCAAGGAUCCGUGUGGACACAGUGGAGGACUUUGCUUAUGGAGGCUCUAUCCUGGUGAACAAUAUGGAUUCAUUGUUCAAAAAUUGUAUUCUUUGUAAUGAUGAAGUGGUCCACAGAGCAAAAAAGCUAGUAGGCACAACCGAAUACAGCUUACUCUGGAACAACUGUGAACAUUUUGUGACCUUCUGCAGAUAUGGCUCUCCAGUCAGCUUCCAAACAACCAAGUUCUGUGAAACCGUGAAGAUGAUCAUUCGAGACCAGAGAAGUGUACUUGUUUCGGCACUGCUGGGACUGAUUUCUAUACUUUAUCUGGGUCUGGGACCUUCUACUACUCUUCCUACUAUCAUCAUUCCAUUUAUGCUGUGGAUGGCUGGUUAACGAACACCCUACCAUUUAUUGGCUACUAGAUGACCCAUGGCCUAUUGAGUCCUCUUUUCAGAGAUAUUUUGCUAAUAGCUAAUAGCUAAUUGAAGAAACAGAAAAGCAGUGGGAGCAAAAGCAACUUUUGGCUUCCUGCUGGCUUCCUGAUUUGACUUUGCUUCUGGGAAGCCAGCAAGAAGUGUUAGAAAUCACAAUCACAUGACCACGGCAGCACUGCAACAGUCACAAGUUGAUGAAUACAACUGAAGAUCUUUGACAUUUUAAUUCCAUGGGAGUAAUGGGUUUUUGUAUGUUGUCCAAAUUAGAAAAUUUGAAGUAAGUUGCUUCAAGAACAGUUGCUUCAAAAAUGGUUGCUCUAUGAUGCAGCAUUUUGGUCAAUUGAAGGUUACAAAUAGACAACACAGGAGAGUUUUAGUAGUAUUUAGAUUGUAAAUAGAAUGUAUCAUGUAUUUAUGAAAGCUCAAACUAAUAGUAUUAUACAGUGAAGAAAAUAUGAAAUAAUUAAUACGCAGCAUAUAGAAUACAGUGAACAAGCAAUAACUUGUGGAAAAAAAUUCCAAGCAAUUUCAGGAAUGACCAUAUUGGGUUUAUUCCCAAGGAAAGAUGAUUAAUAUGCAGUUUUACACUCAGCAUUACAUUUUAGAAAACUUAAUGAGGGUGAUCUCCCAAGUAAAUUUGCAUAAUUUCAAAGCUAUUCUGCUUUGCAUCUUUUUCUAAUUUCUCUCUCUGUUUACAUUCACUAACUGUAUUUUUAUUUAAAUGGAAUAACUGCAUCCUGAUUGGACUUGAGAUGAACAAAAUAUUUGCACCAGAAAGGUCUUUGCUAUUCCUUGCUAAUGAAAUCCAAUAUAAAUCAGUCCAAAGGGCUUCCGUAAAAUAAGUGACAAGCAAACUACUGGUAGUGAGAAAGAUACAUGCAGUUAUAUCCUUUUGGAAUUUCCCCCGCACACUAUAGACAAAUAAUUUUCAAUCAUGGGAAAGGGUGCACAGACAUUAUCGUGUGUUUGUUAGAGCUGCCAUUAAAUAGGACAAAAAAGGUUAUCCAAGUUUGAGGGAUUCUGUUAAAAAGACAUAAAUGCCUAGCUUGAUAAGACCAAAUGUUGCUGGUUUUUUUGUGGUUUAGAAUACUUGCCAUCAUGGCAAUAAGCAUUAAUUUAUGUCCAAUUAACAUUCAUAUAAUCAGGCUGCACAUGCACUCUUUCAGAUUUACAGUUUCCUUUGCUUCCUGUUUUGAGACAUUUCUAACUGUAUUGGGACAUCAGAAAUGUAAUAAUUUAGUCAUGUUCUAUAAAAUAGAGGUACUUUACAUUUCAGUAAAAUGAGUUGAUUUCCAUGCUAUGUGCUACAAUUUCUCCACAUCCCAUUAUUAAAUGUCUUUAUGGUACAAAGUCAAAGAAAAACAAACAAGCAUAUGAUGCUUUAAAUUUAAACAUGAUAAAAUUAUGUAUAUUUUUUGCCUUACUUCAUUGCAUUUUUAUAUAAUUCCUGUCAUCUGUGAAGAUGCUGGUAAAUG